AUGGCGAAUGCCAACAUUGUGGUAACACAGUUUGUAUUCGAAAGUCUGCUCGAGGGCUUCAUAUAUCUUAUGAGGGUGGGAAGAAACAUUUCGGGUUCUACCGGACUGCCUGUAGGUCAUCUUAACGGUAAGCUGUAUCAGAUCGCCAAGCUGUGGUGGUCAUGCAAUGCGACAGCACCUAAUGUGCAACACAAGGAGACAAUGUCCCAUGUGGCAAAAGACGGCGAUGACUUCCUCCCGUGCCGCCGAGCGCCAUCCCACAAUCACGAAGUCGACGCUAGACCCAUGAGUCUCAAAUGGCAACUCCCAGGUCAAACCCUCGUCAUCCCAGCCACGAUCAUAUCGCUACCGCCGCUACACCUGGACAACCCGACGUCUGACCACUCGUCCCGCCGUACCAUCUACAAGCCCGACACCCAUCGCCAAUGUCUUCAUGAAGGGCCAGAGACCACUAAAGACAGAUUACUGGUGUCUGAGUCUGCCGACCAUCGACGAGGAUCAAACGGAUGCGGCAUCGAUAGUGUUGAAGACGUACAAGAGACACAGAGUCCAAGAGUGGAUAGCGUCUUUGACGUGGACAACACCAAGUCCAGCGAAGCCGAGAAAGUAACUGGUGAGCUCGUCGUCUGCUCGGGUGCGCUACCCAUGGAGCCGGUCAACGCGCGCAUGCAGCAACGAACGAUCAAAGACUUCACUCUGUCACUCCAGCACGUCGACACCAUCGACCUGCAGUCCGUCCGUUGUCCACGACGCCGGUGGCACGAAAAUACGCCGGUGAAGUUCGUUCAGAAUAUGUUCGCAACGAGACGAGAACUGUCUAGACCUCACGACCCCACAGCUCAAGCCAUCGUUCAAGAUCACAGCCCUGCUCAACCAGAUGUCUUGAGGCAUCAUCUGAAUGAUAACCAGCGCGAAGCAGAUGACCUACGUCGAUGGCUGCGUAUGUAUGGUAACGACAGCCAGUGGGGCACCAUUCCUUUCGGAUGA